GUGCUCCACAGUUUGAGCUCUGAACAAGUGAACAAACUCAUCUGCAACUGGAAGAACCACUCUGAAUAAGUUUCUACUGCGGAACAAGAACAAAGGAGUCACCAAGUGUUGCGUUUGAGAGGACACGCACAACCUGCAAAUAUGAUUUUCGACAAGGUGAAAAAGUUUGACAUCGUCUUCGACUCUCCGGAGGUGGACUGUCCUCCGGUGUUCAGCAGCGGAGACGUGGUGUCCGGCCGGGUAGUUUUAGACCUGUCCGGGGAGAGUCGGGUGGACUCCCUGAAGCUUCACGCCGAGGGAUUUGCCAAAGUGCACUGGACUGAGUCCCGGUCCGCCGGCUCCAGCACCGCGUACACGCAGAACUACAGCGACGAGGUGGAGUACCUGAACCGGAGAGAGGUGCUGCUGCAGGCAGAUAAUAGUGAAGUGACCGUCCUUCCUGCCGGCAGACAUGAGUUUCCAUUCAGCUUCCAGCUGCCUGAGGAGACGCUAGUCACCUCCUUCGAGGGAAAACACGGCAGCAUCCGUUACUGGGUCAAAGUGAAGCUCCACAGGCCGUGGGCCACCGUCAGGAAGAUCAAGAAGGAGUUCACAGUCAUCGAGCCCAUCGACAUCAACACGCCGGCGUUACUGGCGCCACAAGCUGGAACGAAGGACAAGAUGGCACGGGCGUGGUACCGCAACUUUGGACAGGUGUCUGUAACUGCAAAGAUUGACCGCAAGGGCUACACACCAGGUGAGGUGAUACCCGUCUUUGCGGAGUUCGACAACUCUACCUCCAGAUCAGUUGUGCCAAAAGCCUACAUCACUCAGACACAGACGUUCAUCGCCCGCGGCACCAUGAAGCAGAAGCGCUCGGUGGUGGGCACGCUGUGCGGCGAUAUUGUGGGGGCCAGAUGCAGGGAGACGUGGCACGGCCGCGCCAUCAAGAUCCCACCUGUGGGUCCCUCCAUCCUGCAGUGCCGCAUCAUCAAAGUGGAGUACAUGCUCAAGGUUUGCGUCGAUGUUCCUGGGACAUCCAAGCUGUGCCUUGAGCUGCCACUGGUCAUCGGCACCAUUCCCCUCCAUCCCUUCGGCAGCCGGACCUCCAGCGUCAGCAGCCAGUACAGUGUCAACCUGGAGUGGCUGCGCAUGGCCAUCCCCGAGCAGCCUGAGCCUCCUCCAGAUUACAGCUCUGUGGUGACACAGGAGGAGGCCGAGCAGCGCAACAACACGGUGGUCCCGCAACCCGCCGAAGACCUGAGUGGGAUCCUGGAGCGCCCCCUCAUGGCUUUUGUCCAAGAGUUUCGCUUCCGACCUCCGCCGGUGUACAGCGAGGUUGACCCCAACCCUCAGCCCUUAAACAUCAGACCUCGCUGCAUGACGUGUUGAACCAUGAGCCCUGCCUGAGCGUCAAGCAACUUAACUUAAAGAAACGAAUCAAGAGAUUUGUCCUCUCCUGGAUUACUUCUCUCCGAUAACUGGCACCAGGUCCCACCGAGUGUCGUGGAGAGGGACUGGAGUGCCGUGGAGAGUUUCAGGAGACGGAGCUCACAGGAACUGGAUGCCAGUGGAGGAGCCGCCACUUCGUUCCCAGUUCAUAAAGCAAAGUGGCUUCUUUCCUGUUCUGUUACGAAGGUCGUAACUUCUCCACAUCAGUUCCUGUCCUCCCAAAGUGAUUUUUGGCUCCUUUUUUUAUGAAGCGAGCUACAAAUACCUCCCAAUCAACGAUUCCCUCUGUGAAGUGAAUUUUGAGAUGUAAGGAGUUUGGGACAGACUGGGGGUGAAAGAUCACUCAAUAUUUGUCAGGUGGAGAGUUGGAGUUGCACCUGGCGGAAAAAAAAGCGCUCUUGAUGAGUUGACAUAUGUUUAGAGGCACAUUGUCAUCUUUGAGUGGCGUGCAGAGAAGUGCAAUUAUCGUCGUAACUUUCCAACUCUCUUGGCAAUACCGUAGAUUAUAACAACCUUCAUUACUAUGCAUUGUGUGACUCAGCAGCAACGUGCCUGUGAUGAUUUUCUACUGUUACGUCAGCACAUACUGUAUCUGAAGGUGUGAUGGUGCAGACAAGUCAAGUAAGCAGAUGUAGAUGUAUUUUUUGCAUGCAGAUCACAAUAUGUAAAAGGGAAAAAAAAUGCCUCAAUAAUCUGCAGUUGAAGAUUGCAUGAGAGUUUCAGGGAGUCGUUCUCUCACAGAAAUGAAUGGAACCGAAUGUAUUCUGCAAGAACUUAGAACAAAAAAUGGUUUGAUUGUACGUGGACAAAUACCAAGAGAGGUUUUGUGUUAAUGCAAGGCUUAAGGCACUGAAGUGUCAGACAGCUGCGGCUGUUGAUUUUAGCACAGUGAUAAAAUAGGAUGAGCAGUAUAAAGCUGCACGAGGCUCAUAGAUUAGCUCUCCCAGCUGCUAAACAAAAGGAGGAGGAGGAGGAAGAGGAGGAGGCCUCUUAGCCAUGUGGUCUGAAGCUUUUUGAUGGGAGCCAGAUGCCUCGGUGCUGUUGGGCGCUCUGUGACGCUGAGCGAGAACACAGUGCUCAGCGUUGAAGUCGAGCCCUUAAGCUGGAGAUGCCACUGAAAUGUAUGGACAAAGAACAUUCCAAAAAACUGACUCGAGGAUUUUCUCCUCAACUUCCAAAAAAAACAAACUGUAUGAGUAUGAAAGAAGUCCUCAGGGUCAGCUGUGUGACUUUGGUGGCACGCACUGAAAAAAUAUAUUUUUAUAUAAACUGUUGAUUCACAAUCUUGCCAAAGUUUUGUAAUUGUUUUUUUCUAAUAAAACAAGAUUUAACAGAA